AUGCUUCAGACGAUUCCUAUCUUAACGCUUCUGAGCCUGAUAACCAGUGUUGUGUGUGACGACCAACAAAGCUCGCUUUACGGGACGUGGUCGUCGAAAUCAAAUCAAGUAUUCACAGGGCCCGAUUUUUAUGACCCAGUGGAAGAACUACUGAAAGAACCGUCACUACCAGGGAUUUCGUUUUCAUUCACAGAAGACCAGCAUUUUGAGGAGGCUAUUUACCAGGUGAAAUCCAAUCCCAAGGACCCCAAGUGUCCAGUUGCAGUUUUGAUCUACCAGCAUGGGACUUACGACCUACAGGAUAACGGCACGUUGACUUUGAACCCUAUCGAGGUAGACGGAAGACAGCUUCUAAGCGACCCAUGCAACGACAACGGGACCUCUGUUUACUCCCGCUACAACCAGACAGAGGUGUACAAGUGGUUUUCCGUGAGCGUGAACGAUUACCAUGGUGUUUACGAGCUACAGCUGUACCAGUCCGACGGCUCUCCCAUGCAGCCGCUAUACUUGGCCUACAGACCUCCCAUGAUGCUCCCCACAGAAACGUUAAAUCCCACAAAAACCUCGAGUGGAAGUAAAUCCACGGGCUCGAACCAAAAGCGGUCACUGAGGAGCAUGGUAAAGCGCAGUCUGGAAAACAGACACAAGACUAACGCUAUUAAGCGCAACGACUCUUUUGUGAACAGCAAAUUUUUCAAGUGGGUAUCCGUGGGUCUCAUUGGUGCGGGUUCUGUCACUUUUCUGGUCACCUAG